AGUAACUUGUUUUGUCCGGUGUGUCUGACAUCCGAGUUUACGACGAGCACCUGAAGGCAGCAUCAUUUCACUGGAGAGAAAUCAACGCAAACGUCUAAUAAAGUUCAAGGUAGAAAGCUUAGCUCCACAUCUCCGUCUGAAAAUACGAUUAAACUGCAGUCUGUGACCUCUGACCUCCACCAUGACGUCCACCUCCAUCACCACUGUCGGUGAAGUGACCGUCGUCACUCAGGUCUUUCCUAAGGGUGAAGCCUUCGCCACCAAACAGGCCCCGCCUCCUUCCACCAAACAGGCCCCUCCUCCUGACCCUGCCUCCAAGAUGGACGACAUGACUGCUGCCUUCCUGCGGGGGGCGCCACACGUUCUCGGGGUGAUCCAGAUCUUCAUCGGUCUGCUGUGUGUCCUCUUCAGUCUGACUGCUGUCUUCUCCCCGCUCCUGAUCCUCCACGCUCCGCUCUGUCUCAGCGCCAUCUUUGUGAUCUCUGGCUCUCUGGCCGUGGCGGCAGGGAGACGGACCUCGGUGGGACUGGUGAGGGCGUGCCUGGUGUGGAACCUGCUCAGCGUGGUGGUUGGUCUGGUGGGCGUGGCCUAUCUCUGCUGGCUGCUCGCUGACGGCCCCCCCCCCUCUCAGCGCCUCUGUGACCCCGACGCCUUCUCCGGGUUCGAGCCCUCGUACCAACAGUUCCUGAACUGCAUCGGACAGAUGAGGAUCCUGGAUGUGAGUGUUUACGGACCUCUGGGCUCCCUGCUGGUUCUGCUCGUCCUGCAGGUCUGUGUCGUCGUCACCGUCUGCGUGUUCUCCUGCAGAGCGCUCGGACGCCGCCACAGCUCCGCCCCCAUCAUGGUGGAGGUCGGGGACCACGGUGCUCUGCUGUCGCGGUCCGGCAGUGACGUCUCUCUGCUGGGCAGCGAAGGAGAGGAAGCCUCCACGCUGCCUCACAAGUCCCCGUGAGAGGGAAAACUACAGUAGUACUACAGCAGAGAGUACUCGCAUACUGGGUCUCUGCCUGUCAUUAUAAUCUGUAAUCAUCUCUCCAGCUGUUUCUCUCUUUCAUCUGUUGUUAACAAUCGUUUUCAUGCUGCACUGCAUUCUGGGUCAUUUAGGGCUUCAUCUGCUCAGAGUUGGGAUUGAGUUUAAAUGUGGAACAGAUAAUACUUUAGUGUUUAUUUCAACAAGUGUAAUUGUAGGCUACGUGUCCACUGUCAGCGUCAAAUCCACACUUUCCCAUUCAACGGUCUAUGGGAGCAGCCGUGCAAUGCAUUCUGGGAGCAUUGAGUUUCCAGCUCGUUUUGCAUAAAGUUGAAUCCAGCCAACUUUAUGCAAAUGAGGAGCGGCCGGCUCGGCUCGCCACCUCUCCAAAGCUGACGGAAGUCUUUUAAACUGACCGUUGUCGAU